CUAAAAACAACACUACGUCUGUUGCGUCAGCUGUUUCGUAACGACGAACGAGUGUCUCGUGUCGGUAAAUUGUGGGUAACAGUUAGAAGAAAACAUAGAAGAUCGAAGCAUCACCAAGACAGUUCAAUAUGGGGAAAGGAAAGAAUAUUUUCGAAUGUGGAGAAAUCAAUGUGUUUGUGUACUUUGUUGUCGCCAUGUUUGGUGUUGGAUCGUGGGUAGCUGUAAAUGGAUUGUGGGUAGAACUUCCAGUGAUGGUCCCAUACCUACCAGAGGGCUGGAAACUGCCAUCAUAUUUGACUGUGAUCAUCCAACUAGCCAACAUUGGACCUCUUCUGGUUACACUUGGGUAUAUGUGUUACAAAGAUUCCCUGAAUGAGAAGGCAAUAGUGUAUCUUAUUCUUACAGUUGGAGCGGUGGCGUGUCUACUUCUUGCCUUUUUCUGGAAGGCCACUUCGUUGAUUGCUGGAGAGGAACACAGUACAGCAUUACUGGUCCUGCAAUUUUUCCUUGCCUGUGUUGACUGCACAUCAUCAGUAUUGUUUUUACCCUUCAUGUCUCUGUUUCGGGUUGAGUACAUGACAGGAUAUUUUAUUGGAGAAGGUUUGAGCGGGUUAAUUCCAAGCCUGGUUGCCCUUGCACAGGGAGUGGGGAAGGUGACAUGCCAAAAUGUCUCCAUUGUGAAUACGACUACAAAUAUUUCUCACUACGAAAUUCAACCCAAUUAUCAUAAUCCAUCGUUUCCAGUGGAGGAUUUCUUCUUUUUCCUUUUUGCAAUGAUGAUAAUUAGCGCAGCAGCGUUUACAUUAUUGAAUUACCUCCCUUACUGCAAGAAAGAACAUGUGGUUGAAUUCAUCAUGGAUGACAAAAUGGAAUCGAGUAGCUUAAGCAGUAACAGUCAUUACGAACUGUCAAAUGAUCACGGCACAUUUCAGGGUAACACUUAUGACAACCCCUCCGAGACGGGUCAUUCCAACUCGGAACUAGUUCUGAGCAACAAGAAAAGAUCAAGUCUCGCUAUAUGCACAGAUACAUAUUCCUCGUCUGUUCAUUCACUUAGUAAAGCUACCUAUUUUUAUUAUCUGAUUCUUAUUGCUUGGAUCAACGCCUUCAGUAACGGUGUUCUACCUUCUAUCCAGACGUAUUCCUGUCUCCCUUACGGAAACAAUGCCUACCAUUUAGCUGUUACCUUGGCAAGUAUUGCCAACCCUGUGGCUUGUUUUGCAGCGUUUUUACUACCAGUGGCCACUAGUGUCGUCAUAAAUGUGCUCACUUUCUUAGGAACAUGCUUGGCUGCUUUCAUAUUGGUUAUGGCUGUUCAGAGUCCCACCCCAGUAUUGUACGAUAGUGAAGCUGGACCAGUGAUUGUGAUUUUAGCCUGGGUCCUAUUUACCACACUGAUGACAUUUUCAAAAGUUUCCAUAGCAACGCUCUUCCGGAAAGAAGGGAAGAAAGCUCUGCUUUGGUGCGGGGCCGUUACCCAGGUGGGAUCAGUCAUUGGUGCCCUUGUGACAUAUCAAUUGGUCAAUGUGUUCACCAUUUUUCAAAGUGCUCCAGCAUGUCCUUGACCUUGUGAGAGAAGUUUGUAAUCAAAAGGUUUUUCAUUUACUUAAAAGUAUAUGUGUGAAUAUAUACAAAGCCACUCCUGUGUAACUUUGUGAUAAAUACAGAAGUACUUAUUGCGUGCCUUAUAUAUGCCUCAUAAUAUUAAUAAUUAUAAUUACGGAAAAGAAAGCUAUAGAUUAGAUAUAUUAUGUUUUUUAUAAAUCAUGUUACAUAUCAUCAUUCUUAAACUCAGAAUCUGUGCAACUCGAAGCAUUGUUCAAGAGAUUUUUUUUCUAUUUUUGCUGACAAAUAUAAUUCUUUCUGCACUUAGGCGAGAUGUCAUUCCUAUGUUUAGUGCUGACUUUUUUUUAAAUUUGUUGCAAGAUCUCUAUUAGUUGAAAUGAAAGUUUGUUUGUGGAGUUGGAUAUACUUUGUACUAGUAUUUGGUACCAUGACCGGAUUAGAACUUGCUAGGAAAAAUACUGGUCCAUACCCGUUUCCAAAUUUAUACUGGCAAUGUACCACUAUCACGUGAGGUGAACUUUAAUGAAUAUUUGGUUAAAAAUUGAGAGAGAAAAAAAUGAAGAAAUGAUGUUUGCAUUUGAGUAAUUCAUGUGUGCCACUAUCACAGGAAAGGAUCAGGAGUCUGUGUUCUCUAUUUUUUUACUUUUCACAGAAUAUAAAAAAAAUACCCAUACUAAAAACUUAGCACAAUCCUUAGAAUUAUAAUAGGUAAAAUGAAACUCAUAAAUUACCCAUACUAAAAACUUAGCACAAUCCUUAUAAUAGGUAAAAUGAAACUCAUAAAAUGCUUAUUAUUCAAACAGUAGAAAUAGAUAACAAAUAGUUCAUAUAGAUCCACAUGAGAUUGUUUAGUUAUAUAGUUUAUUCAAUAUUUAGAUUUUAGGAUUAUCAUAUAAUGUAUGUCUAUAACAUUAUACAAACACGACCUUGACCAGCUGCUCUAUACGUACUGAAAGUGAUAAUAAAUAUACUGUCACAAUAGUCGUAACCAAAACAACUGUUGCUCUUUGUUUGCUGACUAGGAGAAUAUGAUGGCUUCUAAUUUGAAUAACAAGUGGUACAUAUGGAGAAUAAAUGCCUUUUUAACCCUUUCACCCCUAGGUAACUUUAGUAGACUACAUGUACCAUACAUUUAUUUGGAUGAGUCCAUUAUGGUCUACAUUGGUGAAAGGGUUGAAGGGACAUCACAGUGAAGCAUAUUUUCAUUCAUUUUUUUUACAAAUACUACAUACACAUAUCAAGUGAGUCUCCUUAUGGAACAUAACGGUCAAUUUGGAUUUGGCUUAUAUGUGUUCAUAAAAAUUAAUAAUUUUAAGAUAAUUAUCGGGAUUUUUGCCUGUCUGACUAACGUUUUUGUUCAGGGAUUUCUCUGCAUCACAGCUACUAACGCACGCCCAUAGAACACCAUUUCAUUGUGAACGAAAUGACUGGCUGUGGGUAGUGUUAGUGAGUGAAAAUCUCGGUCUGACCACCUGUGUUUACUGCCUCGUUUCAAACCGUCACGUGACGUUAUCAGUGCCAUUUAACAGGGCUUUCCCGAACAAUUUAAGUGGUCAAAGUAGCCGUUUGGAAUAGAUUAUGAAUAUGGGAAUAGCAAGGAAACAUAAUUGGCAGUGCGGACAAUACAUAUAUUCAAUAACUGAAAUAUUGGUUUCCGCGGUAUGUCCCUUUAAUUCAACAUCCAAACGUUAUGAACAUUACAUUGAGAGUCCUGUUAUGUAUAUAGGUUAAUACAUUUUGAAUAUAACCUCAUUUUAUCUGUAAUGUAAUAUUUUCAGACCUAUAUCUGAAUAUGACAAAGUCUC